AUGCUGAGGACAAGGUUCCUGAGUGACAAGGUUCCUGACGGUGACAAGGUUCCUGAUUGUGAGGACAAGGUUACUUACGCUGACGACAAGGUUCCUGUCGCUGGGGACAAGGUUCUACGUGACGACAAGGUUCCUGUCGCUGGGGACAAGGUUCCCGACGCUGCCGACAAGGUUCCUGACAGCGAGAACAAGGAUGCUGACGGUGAGGAGAAGGUUCCUGACGCUGAGGACAAGGAUCCUGAGGCUGAGGACAAUGUUCCUGACUGUAAGAAAGAUUCCUGAUGCUGAGGACAAGGUUCCUGACUGUGAGGACAAGGUUCCUGACGCUGAGCACAAGCUUCCUGACGGUGAGGACAAGGUUCCUGACGCUGAGGACAAGGUUCCGGAUGCUGAGGACAAGGUUCCUGACGCUGAGGACAAGGUUCCUGACGCUGAGGACAAGGUUCCUGACGGUGAGGACAAGGUUCCUGACGGUGAGGACAAGGUUCCUGACGGUGAGGACAAGGUUCCUGACAGUGAGGACAAGGUUCCUGACGCUGAGGACAAGGUUCCUGAGGUGAGGACAAGGUUCCUGACAAGUUCCGACGGUGAGGACAAGGUUCUGAGGUGA